AUGUCGUAUCCUAUCCCCAAACUCAAUGGCUUCUCGGCUAGCUUCAAGAACGGCGUGGCCAUCCUGGCCUACAACCGACCGGAAAGUGGAAAUUCGCUACACCCCACGGUACUAAAGUCUUACUUGGAUUCGAUGAAAUGGGCCGUCGCCAAUCCCGAGGUCAAGGUGAUUGUACAAACCGGAAUCGGCAAGUUCUUCACGACAGGGAGAGACAUGGGCGGAGACGGCGGCGAAUUCGACCCGCAAGAAGUCCUCAACAACUUCAAAGAGCUCAACGAGAUCCUCAUCACCUGUCCCAAGGUCCUCAUCGCCGCGGUCAACGGUCCGGCCGCCGGCUACGGCACCACCUCGCUCGCGCUCUACGACCUCGUGUACGCGGUGCAGGACGCCUACUUCUUCACGCCCUUUAGCAAGUGGGCGCUGUGCCCCGAGGGCUGCUCGAGCCGCAUGUCGGCGACGGAGCUCUGGACCGCCGGGCUCGUCACCAAGAUCAUCCCCGCGCACUCCAACGCCGCGUUCAUGGGCCAGGUGCUCGAGGUGGCCGAGAGGAUAGCCACGUACCCUCCCAUCGCGCUGGCCGCGUCCAAGAAGCUCAUGGAGGGGAACCGGCAGGCGGAGUUGCUGGCGGCGAACGAGAGGGAGUGCGAGUGUCUCGUGGAGCGGAUCGCGCACUCGGAGUGCAGCGAGGCGCUGUUGGGCUUUGCGGAGGAGCAGAAGCAGAAGAAGUCGAAGAAGAGCCGGCGUGGCCCGUCGCGUAUCUAG